CCUGCUCGGCUCACACAUCUGGAAACGACCUGCUCUCUCACAUCAGGAGCGACGGACAACAACUUUCCUUCUUCGUGUGUUUUCUCCUGAGCCGAGAACGACAGAAUCCGGAGGAGAGAGAGUCGACCUCCUGCUGAAGAACCGGUUUGAUGAACGAGCCGCAGGAUGAAAACACUCAGCUUCCUGUGUGAAGUCCAGCCGACAGGAUGCUGACUGCUCGGAGAAGCUGAUCCUGGGGCGGCUGUGGGCGGCGUGAUUCACAAAAGCCUACUUGGCGUGAGAAGAAAAAAAGAGAUGCUACAACUGAGACGAGUGAAGAUGGAGUGAAAGCUGUUUUAAAAAGAGGAGUUGAUGGUCCCUGCAGGAGGAGAGGACCUGGAGCCGGAGUCAUGGACUGGUUCAGGACAUGAUGGACACAGAUCUGCAGCAAUGGGAUAAACCACAGGACGCUCUGCUGAACUUCUCUCUGAUAAAACCUUGUCUUCUUCUCUUGGAUCAGUUUGAAGCUCCUGCUCUUUGGCUCUUUCUUUCUUUCAUCCCUCUCUUCCUCCACACUUCUCCUCUUCCUCCUGGUUUUUCACCUGCUCGCUCUCUCCUGACGGAUUCAUUCUACAUGGACCAGGUUUGACAAAGUAAAGCAUCCCGGUGUUUGUGUCCUGGGUUCGGAGACUGGAUUCUAUUCCACGUGUGACGAGUUUCACUUCCCUGGUGUUGGUUUGUUUUUCUGUGUUCAGUGUAAAUCACAACCAGAUGAAUCCCUCAGGACAGCAGGUGUGAAGAAGAUGACUCGUUUACUGGCCUCGUUCUAACGUAGCAGAGAUAUAUUCAGAUCAGAGGCCUCCCGCCCGCUGCUGCCAUCAUGUGUGUUGAUGGGCGAGCAGGUUUCCUGCUGGGAGCGGUGACACCAGCGCUCCCAGCAGCGUCACCAUCAUGGUGGUCUGUGGUGCUGGUAGUCUGUCUGCAGCUCCUCCCACUGAGCCCCGUCCAGGCCACCGUCUGCUGGUCUCAGGUCUCCUCCCGGGUGAACACAUGCCUCUGUGCCUCAGACAUUGUCAGCUGCACCGCCCUGGGUCUGGAGCAGGUCCCUGCAGAAAUCCCAGUGUCGGCCAUUACUCUGGAUCUCAGCCACAACCGGAUCGAUCAGUUAACAGAGGCCGUCUUUGAAGGGCUUUUUCGACUGGAGAUGGUACGGUUGGCUCACAACCGGCUGAGGGAGAUUCAACAAGGGGCCUUUCAAAACACCUCUGGAGCACUGCUCCGACACCUGGACCUGUCGUCCAAUCGGCUUCGUGUUUUGAAGCAGCACUACUUCCUGGAGUUGUCGGGAUUGGAGGAGCUGCUGCUAUUUGACAACAGGAUUGUGCAGGUGGAGAGCAGAGCUCUGGCUGGGCUGGGAAACCUGCGCAAGGCCUACCUCAGUCACAACCGCCUCACUCACUUCCCCUUCUUCUCUAUCCAAGAGCACAGCCACCCGCACCUGACCAUGCUGGACUUGUCCUCAAACCGCCUGCUCAAACUGCCCCUGGAGGAAAUAGGCAACUUACCCGUUCCUGUCCAGGAAGGACUGUACCUCCACAACAACUCUCUGGAGUGCGAGUGUUCGAUGUAUGGACUGUUCAGGCGCUGGGAGCAGAGAGGAUACGCCUCUGUGAGACACUUCAGACAAGAGCACACCUGUCGGGUCUAUGGAAUCCAAAGAGGAACCGUCCGCUUCUUCCAGCACGACAGAUACUUUGAGAAAUGCAACCUGACGGCGAUGAGUCCGCCGCUCUGGGAGCAGGAGAGCAGCAUCUCCGUGGGGGUGGGCAAGGCGCUGUGGCUGCACUGUGUGACCUCGCUCAGUGGACACAGCGUCAGCUUUCUCUGGGUGUCACCAAAUCAGGAGUACGUGGCUCCACCGGGGAACAACGGAUCAUUAAAGAUGUUCACCAAUGGGAGCUUGGAGAUCGUGGCGGCGCGUGCAGAGGAUACUGGUGUGUACUGGUGUAUGGCCCUGGACCAGCAGCAGCAGCGAAACGAGACCCGUGAGGUCAACGUGACGGUGAACGUGGUGAGCGGAUCUUACGAGUCUUUCAACACCGGCUUCACCACCCUGCUGGGCUGCGUGGUGAGCCUGGUGCUGGUGCUCAUGUACCUCUACCUGACGCCCUGCCGCUGCCCUGCAUGCACCAAAGUCCCGACCCCGGCUGGCCAGAGCACUGGGAACGAGGCUGGGGCAGGAAGUGGCCAAUCCUCCAUCCUCACCCCAACUCCGCCGACCACCACCGAGGGCCAGGGCCACAAGGUCAGUACCCACAAGCAUGUGGUCUUUCUGGAGCCUCUGAUAGAGCAGCAGAAUGGCAGACUAAGGGCGGGGCCAGGCGCGGGGGCGGGGCAAGGACACAAUGGUCCAGGUUUACUUCUAGGGCCUGAGCCGCAUCCGAAGCUCCACGGCCAAUCGCAGCAGAGGGGGCGGGAGACGGACUCCAUCAUGUCCGUGUUCUCAGAAACACCCAUCAUGUUGCCAUAGAAACGGGACAACCAAUCACCACCUCUCACUCCACCCCCCCCCCCGCAACCUCUCCACCUUGAACACUGUUGACCAGAUGUGCACGUUAUCGUUUGACCAGGUCUGCGACACCCGAGCACCAACACACUGUGAGAGCACAGACGCUCAGGCAGAAAUGGGGGGGGGAGCACCGUUAGCAUGGACUUCUGCUGAAAGCACAGGGCUGUCCCUUUACGCACGGCUUCACCUUUAACAAACACUUGCUGUAGAUGCCUUCUAGUCUCACACUCACAAGUAGAGAAAUCUUUUUCUAGAGCUUCUUAGCGUCUCCUGGUUUCUCUGCUUCAGUCGCUCACAGCAGACGAGCUCAGGAACAAGAGCCUAGAGUCAUAAAAAUAGAAACCGUUUGAAAGGGAAUGUUUGAUUCCCCCCCGCAGCUUGAUUACUGUCAUCAGGAGAACAAACAGGAAGUAGAGGGAUACAUAAAUAAAGCUGCGGAGCGUUGGUUGAAGUUAUUAAUGUAGGAGGAGAAGAGUCUGUGUUCUGUGAGUUCAUGUGAAGUUUAUCUGAUGACAGACGGACAUCAUGGCCGUGUGAUCUUUGUGUUCCCACCGUCUUCACUGUGCUCACUGCUUCCUGUCGUCACUGUAUCUGAAUAAAACCUUGUAUCUGCACAACGUCAGCUUCUU